ACAUUACUUCAUUAUAAGAAUAUUGCAAUUUCUAAGAACCUCUACUACGUAUGAGUGAGUCAUAUUGAGUUGCCAUUAGAAGCAAUGCAAAAAGAAACGCGGUAGUGAACAUUUCCUCGUUAACAACUGCUAUAGAUAGUCAUGUUACAAGACUUAGGUUAUAUUUCAUAAACAAUAAGGACGAACACUGGGUACUGGAAUUGAAUAAAGUUAAAAAUGUGGUGGGAGGAGGCAAGCAAAUAGCAAAGAUGGAGUGAAGGUCGAGAUGCGCGUAGUUCUCUUCCCAGACGCCCACUGCGCCACUCAUCGAGUCGACAGACUGCCAGCGGCAGCCAUUGCCUUGUGCUAUUUCCACCGUGACAGCUGUUCUGCUUUGGGAACGUCUAGCCACACCUUAUCCGGCUGUGUAAUUAUAAACCUUUAAUCGGAAGGAAGGAAGGAAGGAGCGGCUAAAUGAGCUUUAAACAAGAUAAAAUGAGCCCUCAAUGCAUGAUGGUGUGCAUGUGAGGUGGAGUGUAUUCAGUGAUACAAGCCUCCGCAAGGAAAGUUAUGCUUCACAGCUGACCUUAUUACGAAUUCAUUGUUUUAAAAGUAUAUUGUUUGGAAGGACAUCACUGAAAAUUAAAUAAUUAUUACUAUACUUUACGUUUAAAUACUGUGAUAACGUGUGUAACCUGAUUGGAAUUGCCCAGCUACACUUUUGUGAAUUGGAAAACACAAGGAUAGUUAACAGUGUUACUGCUACAUCAAUGAUGGGUGAUGCAAGAUUUACAUGUGACCAACUUAGAGAAGAGUUGUGCAGAGUCAAUACUUUUGGAGAAAAUAGUAACAUACCCCUGAAAGAUGACCUAGCAAAAGGUGGAUUUUAUUUCACACAAAUAGGACACAAGGUGAAGUGUGCCGGCUGUGGGCUGGAAGUGGACACUUCCAGGAUUAGUUCACCCCAGGAAGUGUAUGUCCUUCACAAGGAGAAGUCUCCCCAGUGUCAGUAUUCGGUUUCUCCGCCACUACCUCAGAGCCGCACCAAGAAGUUUACGUCCUACGACAGUCUAAGAUUUGAAAAGGAACGACUUGAAACCUUCAUUGAGUGGCCUGUUACAUGGUUGAGUCCUGCUGAGUUGGCCAAGGAUGGCUUUUAUUAUCUGAGAACAGCUGAUCACUGUGCAUGUGUGUUCUGUAGAGGCAUUGUUGGGGCAUGGGAGAAGGGAGAUACCCCACGGGAAGAACACCAACGUCAUUUCCCGCACUGCCCUUUCAUCAAGGGCCAACCAGUGGGCAACAUUCCCCUAGUUCAUGGCAGCAUCAUAUCCCGCAUCACCCCGAGUCCUGAGGCAUCCCCAGCUCGCCCUCUCAGCAUGGAUGUGUGUGGCUCAGGGAGACCAAUGCCAGGAUCUUAUCCAGAAAGCAGUCCUCCCAAGAAGACAGGCUUUGAAGGUAUAGGUCUGCCACAGCACUCUGGCCCGAAGCGGAAAGAUUUCAUCUCUCAGCGUGAUCGGGAAGACAGCUUUGCUCAGUGGCCUGAGAUGGUGAAGCAGAAACCAAAGGAGCUAGCAGAGGCUGGUUUCUUCUAUUGUGGUUUGAGUGACCAUGUGCGAUGCUUCCACUGUGGCAAUGGUCUUCGUAACUGGGAGAAAGAUGAUGACCCAUGGGAGGAACAUGCAAGGUGGUACCCAGAAUGCAACUACGUUCUAGUCAAAAAAGGACAGGAGUUUAUCGACAAGGUGAGGCGUGAAAAGCCACCAUAUCUGCGAUCUCAGCCAGCCAACAAAGCCAGCUCAUCGGCUGGUGUUCAUACAAACAUAACUGAACAAGAACUUAACCCUCUCAUGGAAUUGGACAUCAUAAAGGCCACAUUAGCUAUGGGCUUUCCAUCAGACAAGGUUCGAUCAGCCCUUCGUAGAAAAUUGGAGCAGACAGGCCUGCCAUUCCUCAGACUGGAGACCUGCAUUGAAGCUGUCCUUCUUUACAUGGAGGAGGAGACACGCUUAGCUCUUCAUCAAUCAUCCAGGAAUGUGGAGGCAGAAGCAGCAGCUCAGCAGGGAGCUAAGAUGGAGGCAUUGCAAUCAACCAAUGUCACACAGGCUACUACUACCACUGCUGCUACUGCUUCUACUUCCUCCUCCUCAUCCUCCUCCUCUUUAUCGUCAUCUGCUGGUCCAUCCUCACACUCUGAUCCAGUAGUGAGUUCAGAGGAGCCCAUGGAGACAGAAUCGUUACCCACAACCCCAACUGAUGAUGUUCUAAGCCAGGCAGACCAGGUCAUUGGCUUGGCAGAACAGGCUCUCAAUGCUGCCCCCACUUCCUCUUCUUCACCAACCCCAAAUCCUUCAAGAGGAACCUCUCUUGUUGCCUCUACCACCUCUACUCCCACCACUCCUCCUCCCUCUGGAACUCCAGCUCCUGUCACUCCCUCCACUUCCACCCUUGGCUCAUCCUCUUCAUCUUCUCCCAAAGCUGUGAAGAAGGCAAUGAACAAUCCGCUCUCUGACAGUGACAAGCCUACCACUUCAGGAAAACCUCAGACUUCCCAGGAUCUUGCUGCUGAGCUUGAAAAGAUCAGAGACUCCCACAUGUGUAAGGUUUGCAUGGAUGCUGAGAUUGACAUGGUGUUCCUCCCCUGUACACACAUGGUGACCUGCUCAUCGUGUGCUCUCGCCCUUUCCCAGUGUCCCAUUUGCCGCAAUGACAUAAAAUAUGCUAUCAAACCCAUCCUUUCUUGAACAUUUUAUCUGAGAACUUUCAUUUGAAAAUUUUGUUUUUAGAAUUUGUGUUCUGUUAGAAAGUCAGUUAACACUUUUUUUUUUUUUUUUUUAAUACCAUAUGGACUUUUCACGGGAAUUUAUGGGCUAAAGGGGAUACUUUUUGGGGUAUCUCUAUCUUGAAGCCUAUCCGCUAGGAAACUGUUGCCCCAAGUGAGGAAGCCCAACCUACACUCAGACCGUGGACAGGAUUCAAACCCUUACAUUUGGAGACCUCUCGGACCUCAAAGAUCUUGGGUCCAGCCAUCUCGGAGAAUGUUGACUGUUGAGUUUGGUAACUUUGUGAUUGUAUUUCCUGGAGGGUAACUUUUGGCAAAUUACCCUGGCUGAUAAUUGCCUUUUAUUGCUUUACAACAUUCAAGAGGCAGUGUGAUGAGUGACAUGAAAAGGUGGAUUAAGCCUGUAACAGCAACAUUGGGAAGGACAUUCUUAGUUAACUUGGUAGGAUGACAAUGGUUUAUAUCUUUAAUGAGAUGGCCACCUGCCUUGAUAUGUGAUUACUCUAAUAACCCAGAAAGUAUACUGUGUGUGCUCACUGAAAACGGUAGUAUUCAGCUUAGUGUGUCAAGUAAUCACAAAAUUGUAUACCUGUUUUUUUUUUUUUAUUUAUUUAUUUUUUUAUUUUUAUUUUUUUUUUAAGCUUGCUACACAUUCACAAAUUUAGGAGAGCUUACUUAAGUUCACUUUUAUUGAAAUAAUUGUUUGUGCUCUCAAAAAUCCCUGAAACUUUUUUUGGUUGCUAGUUGAAGAUUGGAAAAUUAACUUCAUGUUGUAGAAAUCUUAUUUAGUUGCCAAUUCUCAGGAAACAUGAUUAUAUAUACGUAUAUAUUGAAACAUUCUUGUCAGAUUAUUUGAAAUCAUGUAUACAUAUUUAUACAUACACAUGCAUUAUAGAGCAUUAAAUGUAUGAUUCACUAUUCAAGCAUGAUCUAGUUAACAGUACUCUCACAUACAUAUGUAUAUAAUGUAACUUGUCAGUAAGAAAUGGUACUGUACAUAUUGAUAUAGAAUGAAGCAUAAGAUAGCCAGCUAACUGCAAACAUGGCCAGUGUUUUCUAGUUUAACUAGCUUGGCAAUAUUUAAGGUUUGUUUAAGUGAAGAUUAUUCAUUUUUAUCCCACCCCUUUCCCUGCCUCUUGGAUAACUUCGGCUGUGCUUGGUUUAAGGUCGUUUGGUACAUACUACCUACAACAAUUACAUAAAACAAUGCACCUGCAUGAUUUCAUGGAAAUGCCAAUAAAUACAUUACCAGCAAUUGGA